CUUGUGAUAAAUAAUAAAAAAAAUAUGAAAUUAUGGAAUGAUUUAUGUUGAGAUUAUAUGUUGACAUGUCAAGCUUCCACUGUGGCAGAGUUUGUUCGAUGUACUGUUGUCUUGGUAUUAGAAGUAUGGAGAAGCCGAAGUAAUUUAUGUCAAAUCUGCUUAAUUAAAUGUAUUCAUCAUGAAUAAAGAACAGCUAGAUAUAACACCUAUUGUAUAUUCCGUCUUUAUUUCCCUGUCCAUUCUGUGUGCACUCCUUCAAUAUUGGGCCCACAAGAUCAGACGAGAUGAAACAAUUGGAAAUAAUCCACAGUUUCUCAAAUUUCAAAGAGGUUAUUUCGCAGUUUAUCUUGUGGCUAUGUUUGCAGAUUGGUUACAAGGACCAUAUUUGUAUAAAUUAUACAGCUAUUAUGGAUUUCAAGAAGAACAAAUUGCCAUCUUAUAUGUGUUUGGAUUUGCCUCAACAGUUAUUUUAGGUACAUGGACACCAAUUGCAGCUGACCAAUUUGGAAGAAAGAAACUUUGCAUCGUAUUUACUGUUACUUAUUCCUUAUCGUGUAUGCUCAAGCUAUCUAGAAGUUAUGGUAUUUUACUGAUUGGUCGUGUGUUGGGUGGAGUGGCCACAUCAGUUCUUUUCUCGGCAUUUGAAGCCUGGUAUGUCCAUGAACAUAUUGAAACACAUGAUUUUCCAAAAGAAUGGAUUUCCGUGACAUUUGCAAAGGCAUCAUUUUGGAAUGGUCUGCUUGCGGUUCUGGCUGGAAUGACCACAAACAUUUUCUCAGAAUGGUUCGGAUUGGGCCCUGUGGCUCCAUAUAUGAUGGCUGUGCCUUUUCUGAUAUUUGUCGGAAUCAUCAUAUCAACUCAUUGGAAUGAAAACUACAGUGCUCAUAAAGUAAAUUUUACUAAAUCUUGUUGUGAGGGAUUAAGAAACAUUGUAUCAAGUGAGAAAAUAUUUAUGAUUGGAGCCAUUGAAUCUCUUUAUGAAAGUGUAAUUUACAUAGUGAUCUUUUUGUGGACACCUAUUUUGGACACUGGUCAUUCGGCAUUGGGUCUUGUUUUUGCCAGCUUUAUGGUCAGCAUCUUAAUUGGUCAAGCGGUAUUUCACAUUUUGGCAUGGAGAAAUAUUCCAGUUGUUGCCUUGCUACUCUCGUCAACAAGUUUAGCAGCUGUUGCGAAUAUUAUCUGUGUGUUUUCUUCUCAUCCUGAAAAACGUGAUAUCCAGGCUUCAUUUAUUGCAUUCCUAAUAUUUCAGUUUGGUGUUGGCAUGUACUUUCCGGCAAUGGGAUAUUUACGGAAUCGUGUAAUCCCUGAAAACUAUAGGUACAGUAUAAUGAAUUGGUUUCGAAUUCCACUAAAUCUUAUUUCAUGUGCUGUACUAAUGUUAUUACAUGAAGAUGUGUUUCGUCAUGGAAACCGAAUGAUUUUUGUUAUUUGUACAUUUUUACUGUUUCUGGCAUUAUUGUGCGGAGUGCGAUUUUUGAAACUCUCUAAAGGAGAUGAAGAAUUGAAACAGGAUGUGUAUAUGAUGGAAAGUGAACACAUCCAUAAUAUUUUCUAAAUACAGGUAUUGUCUUCUAUGAACAGAAUAUUAUUCAUUGUUAAAUAAAUCAUCAACUUUGUGAAAUAUACAUGUACAUGUACCACUUGGAACAAACUUCAGGUGUUGUUGGGUCAAGAAUGCUGGAUGUAUACCCUUUUUUGGAUGAUCAAUACAAGUUUACAUUACAUUUAAUCUUCAUCACAUAGCCCUUAUUUCUCACAGGCACCUGUAACAUGGAAACUCUUUUUCAAAAAUGGCACUAAACUGAGUCUAAGUAGACAUACAUGUAUAAUGUCUAAAGUCUAUUGCUAGACUCCAAUUUUUACUACAGGUUGUAAAGUCAAUGGGUGAGCAUUGCGACUGGUUGACUGAUCCUAACUUUAUUUGGCAGUGUGUUUCUCACCUUUCUAUGUAAUAUCUACUGAAUCGGUUUUAGACGAGUUAUUUAAUAAUAUCAUUUAUGAACAUGAAUGUAAUACGACUUUAGACACAAUAUGCCUGGGUAUGGGACAGUUUGUCCUCUGACAACCUGUCUUGAGAACUCGUCCCCUGGGACUAUCCGUACCCCCACCAAAUUGUCCCCAUAUAAUUCGUCCUUAAACAAUUCGUCCCCUAGCACUAUUCGUUCCCUAGCACUAUUCGUCCCCUAGCACUAUUCAACCCCUGGAUAAUUCAUACCUGAUGACAAUUCGUCCCCUAGGUCUAGUUGUCCCUGUGUUGUUAAAAAAAAAAUCACGCGUAUCAGAAUGUGACUUCCUGGAUUAUGGCACCUGAUUGGUCGAAAAAUCACGUUUUAGCUUGAGGACCCUCUUAAAGUCACAAUUUGUAUUCAAUUUUAAAAACCAUUUAAAUAUAUCACUGUUAUACCUCAAUGAAGAUUGAAUUCAAAUCUUGUAAAAAUCAGACCGAAACUGCUGGACAAAAGAGCCGCUCCAUGUACGCAAAUAGUUAAAAGUGUGUAAUACCAAGGUUGUGGACCCUCUAGAAGUCACAAUUUUUAUCCGAUUUUGAUGAAACUUGACCGUUAUGUUUAUAACCCAAAGAUCUUGGUUCCUUUUGAUAUUCGUGCAUAUCAGACCGCAACUUCCUGGAUUAUGGCCCCUGAUUUUACGAAAAAUUAUGUUUUCUUAGCUUGUGGAUCAGUUAAAGGUCACAAUUUUUAUCCGAUUAAACUAUAUAACGAUGGUUGAGUUCGAAUUUCGUGAAAAACUGCCCGAAACUGCCCAACAAAAUCGCUGCUACAUGUACUUGUACGAAAAUAGUGCACUACCACGGUUGUGGACCCUCUAGAAGUCACAAUUUUUAUCCGAUCUUGGUGAUAUUGAUUUCCGAUAAUUACGGCCAGAGUUAUGGCCCUUGAUGGCUUAAAAAAAUCUUGUGGACGCUCUACAGGUCAAAGUUAAUAUCCGAUUGAAAUUUAUACACAGUGUUUAAGGUCAUGAGACGAUGAAGCCUAUUGAUUUUCAACGAUUUCAGAUAAUUACUGCCAGAGUUAUGGCCCUUGAUCACUUUGAAAAAUCUUGUGGACGCUCUAGAGGCCAAAGUCCAUAUCCGGUUGACUUUAAAUUUAUACACAGUGUUUAAGGUCAUGAGACAAAGAAGUCUAUUCAUUUUCAGUGAUUUUCGAUAAUUACUGUCACAGUUAUGGCCCUUGAUCACUUUGAAAAAUCUUGUGACGCUCUAGAGGCUAAAGUUAUCAUCCGAUUGACUUCAGAUUGAUACACAGAGUUUAAGAGCUUGAGACGAACAAGUAUAUUGAUUUUCAAUGAAUUUUUAUGACUUGAACAGCUAAAUCCAUGAUAUUAAAAACCAAACAAAUUCUAAUGGUUUUCUGAUAAUUACUUCAUGAGUGUAUUAUAAAUGUUUCAUUACCAAAAGAAGUAAAAAUAUGCGACGACACUUGUUGACUGCCCGGACGAUUUAGCUGCUGUGGGCGUAUGUUUCGUUGCCUGGCAACCUAUCUUUUUAGCUUGUUCUCUAUCCAACUCUUGCAAAAUGUGGGUGUAUAUUGCCUGGUAACCACUGGUUAUAACCAUGCAGAUGCUAUUUCUAUCAAUUACCACUUCAGGACCAUUUAGUUAAGGUCUAGAUUUAAUACUAAACGUAAAACUAUGUAGGCCUAAUUCUAGCAUCAAAACUGAGAUUUAGGAUAAAGGGUAAAGAUUAAUUCAGUUUUUGUUAAUGGAAUUACCAUUAUUGUUGUCCUGGGACAAAUUGUCCAAAAGGGUAUGAAUUGUCCUAUGUGACGAAUAGUCAUGAGACAAAUUGUCUGGGGACGAAUAGUAACGAGAAAAAUUGUCCCGUGACAAAUUGUCCUUGGGAACGAGUUGUCUGGGGUCAAAUAGCUCUAGGGGAUAAAUAGUCCUAUGGGACAAUCCAGGACAAGUCAUUCAGGAACGAAUUGUCCUAGAGCCAAUAGGCCUACCCAGAGCCUUAUAUAUAUAUAUGGCUCUGGGCCUACCUACUUAGCCUCAGUUUAAUGUUAUUUUUGGAUGAGAUUUCCCUUGUUACAAACGCCAGUGGUGUUUCUGCGUGUUUAAAACUGGCUUAAUACAACAAUGUUAAAUCAUGUUUACAAUAUUUAUAAUAAUUAUGUUUUGCAUAGUAAACUGAGAUAGAGAGAGAGAGAGAGGUUGAAAUAAAUGGGAUAUAUAAUUCAAGGUGUUUGUUAAUUGGUGGAACUAAAGAUGUUUUACGUAUUUGUUAUAAAUUUUAAUCAGAUCUUUAUUAUUGUGUUUUGUUAUACUCCCACAUGGAAAUGUGGUCAUACAUGUAAAUUGUUGUCGCCUAGUGUGACACAGAAGCCUAUUGAAUUUCAUCAAUUUCUGUUAAUUAUUUUGAAGUAAUGGGCUUAUUAUUGUGUUUUAUUAUACUCCCACAUGAAAAUGUGGUUGUACAAUGUCGUAGAUGUAAAUUAUCGUCGCCUAUGUCCAUUGGCCACAAUUUCUUAUGAACAUUCUACAGACUACAUUUAUUAUUCAACCUUUCUGAAAUUUAUAUACGUUGUUAGUAGUUGUUACAUUAGUGAGACGAAGAAUCCUAUUGAAUUUCAUCAUUUUCCGUUAAUUAUUUAGAACAUUGCUUGAUAACGGUGAGAGUAACCUCAUUGAAACGUUGCAGUUAAUAAACCUAGUGAAUGUCAUCCAUAAAGCUGUCUGUUAUUAUUUAGAACAUUAUGGGCUUAUGGCCCUUGUGUCACUUUGUAUAACCUUUUGAAAGAACUAACAACUAUGGUUAUCAUCCGAUCUGUAUUAAAUUUAUAUGCAUUAUUUAAAUUAGUAAAACCAAGAAGCCUAUUGUAUUUCAACAAAUUAGGUUAAUAACUUCUAGAGUAAUGGCCCUUGAAUCUGUAUGAAAUUGAUACCAGUGUCUUGUAAAUGCUCCUAUUACCAACUAAAGAAUAAAUAUGGAAUUUUUCUUGUUGACUGCUCGGACGAAUUAGCUGCUGUGGGCGUAUAUUUCAUUGCCUGGCAACCUAUCUUUAUCAAUAGAUGGAUUCAGUAUCAAAAAGGUGUGAAUUUUGUUACAUUGUUGUACUUAUGGUUGUAUUAUUAUACUGUUGAAUUAUGUUCUAGAAUAUUGAAAUUUAUUGUUACUUUAUUAAUAUUUGCUACAAAUUUGCAUUGGUUACAUUUACAUAAGUAGCCAUGUUUUGUUUUCUUUCUGUAGAUCCUACAAAGUUAAUCAUAAAAUUAUGAAAAUAUGUGGUUGCAUAUAUAUACAUUUAUGGUAGAAAUUUUUAAGUGUGACAGCAGAGCCCAUUUUCAGUCAUAGUUGAAAAGUUAUUAUAAAUAUAGCUGUAUUGAAAUAUAGUGUAUGUAGCUUUACACACCCACCAUUCAAAGGUGUUGGUAGGCCUACAUUUCUCAGUAUACAUAUAUAUUCUUAUUUUGCUUGCUUGCUUGCUUACAGUAGGCCUACAUGUAUUUUUAUAAAUUGUUACAGAAGAGAUUAUUAGUACUAAUACUGUGCGUGUACUAAUAUUUGCAUUGUAUAUGAAUAGGAUACUCAGAUUAAUUAAAAAGAAGAAUUAAGCCUAUUAUUGAAAUAUUCCUGAGAUUCCGUGCAUUUUAUGUAGAUUUGGUUUAAUGCCUUAUAUGUACAUGUAUUAUCUCCUGCCACUGAAUUUUCAUAAUUGGCCUUGUAACCAUAUGUGACCAGCUAUGACAAAAUGAUCUGAACACAUCUGUGCAUAAAUUUAUCUUCUGUAUUCAGAUAUCUUUAAAAUUGUAUAUGAUAUACGAGGGCUGGCUGAAAAGUUCUAAGCCUGCAAAGGUUGAAAUCAAUUGGGUUGAAACAACCAACAAGUACAACCAUUGAAUGAACAAUAGACGUGAAAACUGCAACUGUAGUGUUAUUAUUGUCUUCGUACCAGACCAUCUUGUUCACCUACCCAUUGAAUUCACCAGAAAUUAACAAAACUGCCUAUAGAGCAGUCAUCAAGUACCUGCAACUGGACUAUAACCCCAACACAGAUACAUGUCGACAGUAAAGAAGUGGGCUGCAGAAUUUAAGCAUGGCAGAGAGAGUCUUGACGAUAACUUGCGUCCUUGAAGGCCAUCAACAGCAACCAGUCAAGAAAACAUUACCCGUGCAUAACAUGGUGAUGGUUGAUUGACCACUCAUCCUAUUGCCAGUGUUGUGGGCAUCUCUCAUGAGAGGGUUGAGCACAUUAUAGCCAACGAGUUAGGAAUGACAAGAGCUUCUGCAAGAUGGGUGCCAAAGCUCUCAACGGUGUCAGAUUCCUGACGCCCCAUGACAAUCUGAGCCCUUUUGAAGCAGAUCCUGAUAAUUUUUGGGCCAAAAUUGUAACCAUGGAUGAGACCGUUUCCUAGUAAUGAUGACGUCAUGUCAGCUGCGAAUGACUUUUUUAGGGUGGCUUAAGAAAACUUCUUCCUGACCAGCGUCCAAGCUUUGUAACGUCGUUGGCAAAAGUCUGUACACCUCGAAGGGGUCUACAUGUAUGUAGAAAAAUAAAUGGAAACCAUCGACUUUGUACAGGCCUUUCACAGAUAGGCUGUAAACUUUUCAGUCAGCCCUCUUAUGUAUUUAUUUUAGAGAUAUUUAGCCAUUUUAAGGGAAACAGGUGAUUGAACAUCACUGAAACAAAGCAAAACCCCAGAGCAAGUAAAAGCAGAAAAUUUGAUGCAUUGGGAAGAUAAUAUGUAGAUAAUUCUUCUUUGAUUGACAUUUAGUAAUUGAACAUAUUAACACAAGGUACAAUUUUAUGGAUACACAAUUACUGAGUUUAAUACUAAGUGUCGUUUCGACGAAGAUACUCUUGUCUUUAUCAAGCAAAUGAUACAGGUAUGUGAAUAGUAGGCAAAUAUAUACAGAAUAUGCAACAAAAAUAACAAUCAAAUACAAUUAAAACUUAACACCUUUGAUUAGGGGGCCAUUUACAACUAAACCUACACAGCGGAAACUCUUUACAGGGAUUAAAGGGGGAUGGGGGAUGCUAUUAUUUAUAAAGAUCAAUGUAUUAACAUUAACACUAUUAAUGGAAAACCAAUUAACCUUAGCUCUAGAUAAACAAUAAUUUAAAGAGAAGUGUCUAUGUAUGGGGGUAUGAGUGAACAAGAGUGAUUGCUCAUGCAAGGGAAAUAAAACAAAUAUAUUCAAUAAACAGAAAAUCAUGAAAGAUAUAAAACCUAUUUUUAGACUAUAAAACUGGACGAAGAGAACCGUAAAUAUAUUAAUUUAAUAAAUUGAAAAUCAAGACAUGUAAAAUAUAUUACCAGACUGUAAAACUGGAUAAGUACUGAAAACCAAGAUAUGUAAAAUGCAUAAUUAGACUGUAAAACUGGAUAAGCACUGAAAUGUAUUAAUUCAAUAAGCUGAAAAUCAUGAAAGAUGAAACCUGUUAUUAGACUAUAAACCUGGACCAGGGAAACCGUAAAUAUAUUAAUUCAUUAAACUGAAAGUCAAUAAAUGUGAAAUGUAUUAUCAGACUGGAUAAGUACUGAAAAUCAAGAUAUGUAAAAAUUUGACUGUAAAAACUGGUUAAGCACUAAAAUAGAACAAAAGUAUUGGAAUCAAUGUAUAAGCUGGUCAUAAGCCCUUGGUAUAAAGAGUCCCACAUCACGUUUUAACUUGGGCUUGAUGCGUUUUAUAUUGAUUGCCUCAAGAAGUUUCCUGGUUUUCUUCUGGUGAUGAUUUACUGCAAGGGUUCUUGUUUGGUCACAUAAGAUUGUAUGAUAAUAAUAUGCUCUGCUACGGCUCAGGGAUUGGUGGAAGCUAGUGACUUGUGCUCUUUUAUUCGUACAUCAAGUGGACGCUUCGUUUCACCUACAUUCUUUGGGCUGUGGGGGGUUUCCGCUGUGUAGGUUUAGUUGUAAAUGACCCUCUAAUCAAUGGUGUUAAGUUUUAAUUGUAUUUGAUUGUUAUUUUUGUUGCAUAUUCUGUAUAUAUUCUGUAUCAUUUGCUUGAUAAAGACUAGAGUAUCCUCGUUGAAACGUCGCUUAGUAUUAAACUCAGUAAUUGUGUGUCCAUAAAAUUGUACCUUAUGUUGGUAAUUAUGAUGGAAACUCAAAAUCAGUAAGUAAGGGGUCUUCAGUGUGUCUCAUUUAGCCAAGCUGGACAUAUAUUCAGUGCUGUCAUUUUUUUAUACACCCACAUUAAAAUGUGGUCUUAUAUUGUUGUUGCCCCCGUCUGUCCUCCUUCCUCAGUUUAUGGUGAUGAGAUGAAGAAGCCUAUUGAUAAUUACCGUCUAAGUUAUGGCCUUUAAUCACUCUGAAAAAUCUUCUGGACAUUCUAGAUGCUAAAGUUAUUAUCCGAUUGACUUGAGAUUUAUGCACAGUAUUUAUGUACACAAGGUGCAUGUUGAUUUUCAAUGAUUUCUAGUGCCAGAGUUAUUGCCCUUGAGGAAUCUUGCAGAUGUUCAAGAUUAUAAAUAUAUUUCUCAAGUGCCUUUAAACACACAUUGUUUAUGUUUAUAAAGUGAAGAAGUCUAGAAUUACUUUCAGCAUUAUUACCCUUGAUCACUUUUAAAAAUCUUGUGUGAACCCUCUAGUUUCGUUUAAUAUCUACAAUGAACUGUCAUGAUUACCAUAAUAUAAUUUUGGAAGAUUAUUUUAAGGUUCAAACCUUGGUUUCCCUCUAGGUCAGUAGGAGACUUGAUGAUCAAAUAUAGUCUUAACACCUUGAUUUAUCCACACCCUAUAUUCUUCCCUAUUACCCAGGAGAACAGAACACUUUCAUAUUAUCGUAGCCCCUGUCUGUCCGUAGUCCACAAUUUCUUGAGACAUUUUACAUGCUUAGGUUAUCAUUUGAUGGACUCAAAAUUUAUACAUAGGGUUUUCUUUUGUCUGAACAAAUUAGCUGCUGUGGACGCAUUUUAUACUUUGAUUAUCUUUAUUACUUAAGUAUCUAAAAUGACACCUUUGCCUUUUAUUGAAUUUAAGAAUCUUUUUUUUUUCAUUGUCUUAAAUAACUAUCAUAAUGUUUAAUGGUGCUGUAGCUAAUAAUUGUAGAUUCUUUGCUAAAGUCGACUAUCAAUUUACAGCAUUUCUACAAUCAUGUGUGUUAAAUGUAAUAGCUAUUAUAUUUUUAAAUUACAAUAAAUUGUUUUUGUUAA